CUUAGUUUCCACGGAAAGAUAGAAGGUGGAUUGUUGAGUGCACAUGGUUACAAAUGUCAAUAUCAGCACUUCUUUCUGAGUGUAAAAGAGACAGCAGUCCAUAACGAGGCAACGGGGAAAACAGCAUCAACAAUGGGAACAAAGAGUGAUUCACCGAAGCUGACACCUGCUGAACGCUUGGCACGCAAGCGUGCCGCUGCUCGUUUGAGACAACAACGGUGCCGCGCAAGAAAACGGCAAGCUAUGCUCGAAAAGAAGCGUGGGGAAACCGAUCGGCAGGGAUCAGCGACAAACAAUAUAAAUACUCAACAUUCGCCUAGGUCUCCAGUGGUAAUGCAAUGUGUUCGUCGCCGUCCGCAGCCACGCUUCCCAACGUACAAGCCUGUACGCUCAACAGAAUCAUCAGUUGAGGCAUGGACCGGUGUCAGGGCUGAAAUACCACACCGCCCACAGAUUCAUAGGUUUCCAUCGGAGCCUAUCUACCAUUGCGUCUCUUUCGACUCUCAGAAGUCUCUGGAAGAAGCUCAACAUAWUAAAUCGUUGGCUACGUCUACACCACCGGAGUCGCCUUUGGAAAAGACAAAAAUAGUAGUCACUCCGAGUCGGACACCGCCGCCUUUGAACGCGCUAGUUCAAGUUCUGUCUGACCAGAAACGAGAAGACAAGCCGCUGGUAUCAGAAGAAGAAGCUGCUGUGGCAGCGAUGCUAUCUCUGAAGUCAGGUGCGAGAAGUCCGACCGAGAAACCUGCGGACGAGAACAAAAAGCGACCUAUCUCGCCACCGAGGGAAGUAACGAUUUCGCACGAAUCAAAAAAAUCUACCCACGCGGGAAUUAAUGGAAACAACUCCGAGGAACAAUCUCAUGGUCCAAGAGCUCGGCUCCCACUACCGAGACGCUUGACCACUGGGCACUUUGAGGCUUACCACUAUGGACCGCCAAUGAAAAUACCGCCACUACCUCCUCACAUUAUACAUGGACCACCAGGAUACUACAGAGUACCUGUGCCUCCUCCACAUGCACAUUAUCGUAGAGGCUACUAUCCUCCAGCACCGCGAUAUGUGUCCUACGAAUACAAAUGAAAAUCAAAUGUGAGUGCCCGUACACAUAGACCAUCACACUCUGCUGGGCCUUUCUUGGACCAAAACGAUGUAUUACGAUGACAGCAAUAGAGGUCUUUGAGUUAAGGACUAAUAGGCAUGAAAGAAGACAUUGUCCUGUGAUACUUUAAUGGUUUUGGGAAGGUACAAAAGAACCAUGAUACUUUUAGCAUGUUACCAAACUGUACAUUAUUAUAAAACAAUCCAUAACCACCAUGGUUACUAAAACACAAACUUCUAUUUGUAGAGAACGCGGACAUCUUUCGAAGAAGCAUAAUAUUUUCACCCUCAGUCGAGACGCAAACAAAAACUUGUGAUACUCUUUGACUGGACAAGAGGAUAGAGUUACAGGGGGAAACUCCGCGUUUCUUCCGCAACUUUGAAAGCCCCGGAUAGAAACCAGCAAAGCAUUGUCUCCCAUAAACGCAACAAUUGAAAUUUUACACGCAUAUAUAUUUCCCUCCUCCAAGGAUUUGUGUUUCCACUCGGAUUGUAAGUGGCGGUCCAUCCACUCAAAAGUUUCUAUGAACUAAAUUACUGGCGUACAUCGCACGGUCUGAAAAUGAUUGACCUCGUCAAUCUAUGGAGUGAUUAAAACCAUUUAUUUUUGAUAGGAUCUACAAAGAAACAAACUGCAUGACGUAAUAUUAGAGGAAUUAUUUUCCCUCAAAACGGAAUUUCCGAAUGGCAAUCUUCAUCGCAUCAACGGUGUCGUUUACAACCCCGUACUUCUUCGCACGCGCUAAUCGUUUCUCCAAUUCUUCUUUAGAGAGAGAGUCGAAGGGAUUUUUCUUACUCGGAGAUUUGUUGGUUCCACCCCGAUCGCGGCCUUUACCUCCCUCUGUCAGUUUCUGUUUGGCAUUCUUUCCGUCUCCCUUAUUCCCCCCUUCUCGUUUACGUGAGUUUUUGUUGCGUUUGCUCGCACUAUCUUUCGUGAUAGGUGCCGUGAUCCCAAAUCUAGCAGCCCGUGCCUUCUUUUUUUCUUCAAAGGUCAUUCCUUUUGUUUCAGUCACUUUCGCCGGUGCGGCAUCAGGUGUUUCAACUCGUGCCGAAGAUUCUUUACCACUGUCCGCAUCCUUGGAUUUUUCUUCCACCACUGCUGUGGCGACAAGUGCGGCCUCUUCUGCCUUUUCCUCUGAUGCAGGAACCUUUUGUUUUUCUGGCAAUUCUUUUUGACUGGGAUCAGGCGCGGGAGCCGAAGCGGGCGCUGGGGACGACACAGCUACCGUGGCAGGUGUGGAGGAUGUAGCGGAAGGAGCUUCGGCGAGGCCAAACUCCUCUUCGUCCAGGCGAACUUGCAAUCGAUUUACAAGUUCAGCUUUCAGUCCAUCCGUUGAUAAUCCACGUUUGGAGAGCUCCGCUCGGAGAUCCGAUACUGGUCAAUGAAAUAACACGAUGAAA